CGCACCAAUCCAUCAGUAUGUGUUAAGGAACGCGCUUGUACCUUAACCAGUCUUAAUCCAGUUCUCGCGGUGUUCGCGUCGUCGCUUUACAGUCGGGUCGGUACCAUUUGAAAUUCCACCAAAGGAGAAAGUACCUAUUUCUUUUGGUGGUAUAGAGAGUUGCAUGCUCUUUUCCCGCCCAAGAACUCUAGAAGAAUUACCCUAGGCAAAGGGUCGUUGUUGCAUUUGGUUGAGGAUUAACCGUUACGAUCGUCACCUAGAUUGUUGAACAGAGUAGACACAACUCAAGCGGCCGGGUGCUUUUCCAGUGUGUAUCAAAUCCCGCGAGACAUUCUUACCGCACGUCGUUAGGUUCACAUAUAAUUUGAGAAAAUGGGUGGAGUCCCCCAGCAAACUCAACCGGAGGCUCUGUAGCGUGCGUUGACUUCUAUGAGUAUACACCUGUUCAGAUGUCAUGAAAACCUAUAUGUAGUAAACUAUAAAGAGGCUAUCGAGUCCCAUCGUCGAAUACAGGAUCCAUUCUCAAAGCAGAGCCCUGUUUUCGCCGAGUUAUUAAGGCAAAUUAAACAACCGAAAAAUAAGUUGUUGAGCGGAUUGAUCUUAUAAUUUCAGACACUUACAAAAAAAAGUCGAAACACAAUAAAGAUGAGUCCAAAAAACCUGCAGAGAAUGAGCUACCUCAUUAGCGUCGUCGUCGUCCUCGUCCCUUUAAUGGCACUGCCAGAGGUAGGCAGCCAGGCCACGUGCUGCGAGGACUACUGCUACAGCAUCGAUUCGGAUCGAACCCAAGCCAAACACUUCAGCACCAAAACGGCGUACGAAGUAAUUCGUGCACCGACCUCGAAUCGAGAGUACAUCGUUCCUAAUUGUAUCCCCUCUAAAGUAUGGCUGUUGAGCAGACACGGCACGCGGCUUCCGGGGAAAAAAGACAUUGAGUCUCUGCCGCAAAUUUUGACCAAUCUUCGUGAUUCCAUUAUCGAUAACUAUGAAAAUCGACGCACUGCACCGGAUGUCGGUCGAAUGUGCCCGGACGAUCUUGAGCUGCUUAGACUUUGGCACUGGGAUCGUAACAUCACCAGCAACUUUGAUUCAUUCCUAACGGUGCAGGGCUGGAACGAUUUGAAGUUCAUGGCCAAGCGGUACCAGGACAGGUUUUACGAGGUGUUCUCGGGCCAAUAUCGGAAGGAGCGAUUUUUGUUCCGACAUACUGAUAGCCAGCGAACGGAGGCCAGUUUCAAGGCGUUUGUCGAGGGAUUGUUCGGCGAUGGAAUGUCCGAGUACAUCAAACCGGAACCGGAACCAACCGAUGACAAACUACUGAAACCGUACGAUUUCUGCCCGGCAUACGAUGCCAACAAGGACAAGAACAAGUUGCCGGAUUCGGAGUUGAACAAAUUUAUCGCAUCGCCACUGUUCCAGAUCACCCUGUCCGAUAUUUCUACCCGGUUGGGAUUCCGGUACAACCUAAGCCUGGAUCAGGUCGAUGCCAUGUGGAACGCAUGUAGGUUCGAGCAGGCUUGGCAUCUACAGCAGUUGAGUUCCUGGUGCAGCGUAUUCACCAAAAAUCAGGUCAACGUCUUAGAAUACAGAGAAGACCUGAAAUACUACUAUCAGAACAGUUACGGUUACGAGAGGAGCUCCGAUUUGGCAUGUUACGCAGUUUCGGACAUGAUAAGGCACUUCGCAUCCCCUGACGAUCCUCUGGUGACGGCUUACUUCACUCACGAAUCGGAGAUACAGCUUUUUCUGACGGCGUUGGGUGCCGUCAAGGACCGAGAGGCUCCUAGGGCGGACAACUACCACGGAAUGCGGAAUAGAUUGUUCAAAUCCAGCGUCUUAACGCCGUUUGCUGCAAACGUGGCCGCCGUUAAGUAUCAGUGCGCUGACCCGGUGGAACCUGUCAAAGUUAUUUUCUUCCUCAAUGAGAGGGCACUACUGUUCGAUUGGUGUAACGUGGGGUUGUGUAAUUGGGGCGAACUGCAGAGGCGAUAUCGCCGGUUCACCGAAGGGGAUUGUGCCAAGCUGUACUGUGCCGGAGGAGGCGCCGCGGUGAGUGUCCUUUCAACUGGUUUAAUGAGCUCGGUGGGUAUUUUAAUUUUAGCUGUUCUUAUACAUUGGUGAUACCAAGAGUAUUUAUUUAAAUAAAUCUGUAUAGAAGAAUA